UGGAAGAAGAAUGAGUCACUUCCAGUUGGGGUUAACUUCGUGUUAGCUAGGGCGGGUUGGGUUCGGUCUUCGUUUUGGUUCGCUGAAAGCGAACUUUAGAGUCGGGUAAAGUUCAGAGUUCGGCUUUCGACAUCAAGUGCCGGGCGGAACAUCUACAUAAACUGGACUGAAUUCUAUCAGACAUUUCUACCUGAAUGCGGGUCAACGCGGAACCGAACCCCCAGCUGGGCCGUCCAAUGCGCAGGCGCAGUUGAAUGCCAGCUGUAGUCCCUCCAAAACAGUCUGCAGAAGAAGCUCCCAACACCCUCAUCCCAUCUGACAGUAUGGCUGCUUUGGCGGGCAGAGCCUGGGCUUGGGCUUGGGGCCGCUCAAGGGACACCACAACCGUGACGACCGAGAGCCCGAAGCGACCUAGCUCUAGAGGCUGGGGCCUGGGGGGCUGGACCUCCUGGAUGUGGGGAAAGUCGAGCCCACCGAUUGACAACAGUGGAGCUGCAGAAGAGUUUUGGGAGGCGGAGGAGAGGCUUCCGCUUGCUAUGGUUGAAGAUGUUGGAGCAGAGAAACCAGAGUUGAGUGCACAGACGUCCAGGUGGUGGAGCAGAAACCUCCCAUCUUUUUAUUUUUGGCCAAGAAAAACUGAGACUGAUGGACAGAGGAAAGGUAAAAGAGAGAGAGGUGGAGCUCACCAGGUUGCCGAUGGAGACUUUUCUGAUUACGGAACACCUCCCCCCUCUCCUACGCCCACUUCCAUGUCUCCUUUUCGACUUUUCGCUCACAGCUUGACCGUGGAAAUCCUGGCCGAGCACUAUGAAAUCUGCUUCAAUUUCCUGCGCCACCUUUUUGACCUGUGCGUGGUCGCUUUCCUGUGGACCGUGUCCCCUCCCGCCAAGCUGGUCCUGGAGGUUCUGGGGGUCCAGGGGGCGCUGAAGCUGUGGCUCCACGGCAUGGCCCUGUUUUUUGUUUCCACGGUGGGCAUGGCCGGACUUUUCUGGCUGAUUCAGGAGUACCUCCCCCAGUUUGCCCUCAUCUAUGGGAUCGUUCAGGCCUUGGUGAUUUCGGUCAGCAUCCGGCAGAGCGUGAUCCUGGAAGUAGAUGAAGACAACAAGGAGGAGAAGGAGACGGAUGGAGAGACGGAGGAGCAAAAGGACAAGCUGUUGUCAAAUUAAACCCCCCUGGGAUUUUAUACACAUUUAUUUUUUUGUUUCACUACAAGAUUUUAAGAUUUUGACUGCAAAUCCUAAAUUAUCCCAGCUUUGCCAAAUUAGAAUUGAAGACCUCAAACAUACUCAGCUGGAUCUGUAGAAGCUAGGAUAAGAACCAGCGAUCCUUUGGACUCUGGGUCAAAAUCAUGCUUUGUGCAAAAGCAUCAGAAACGUCCUCUUACAAACAUGGUUCUCAGUUUGUUUUCUACAAAUAGAAGCUUCUGCCUCCCCGUCCUGCUCAGUCUCCUUUCACUUGCACAUGUGCCAAUUUGAUCAUCAGAUGUUCUCUGCGAGGAUGCAGAACCAGCCAUAAGGAGAUCAGAUAGAUCUGUGUAAUCGCACUGAGGUAAAAGACUGAGAUGAUCAGGAACAUUGAGCGUGGUCCACGAGGGACGUUCGGUUUGAGCAUGAACGGUCUCGUCUCAGUUUGCAGUUUUACUUUAUGGAACUCCUGGGUGUCUGUUUAGGAGCUGAAAAGGUUUCAACGCCCCCACAGCCCCACGUUCAUCGACGCACUCCUGUGUUCUUCGGUGCACCGAUUGUGUUCUUAGACUUAUCAUUGCACAGAUUAGAACAAGAACUGAACUCUAAAUAAGCCUGUGACGUUUAAUGCUAACUUUUUUAUUAUAUAUAUAUCACUAAGUCUGUAAUAAGUGACCAUUUGGGCUGAUUUUUGGUCUGUCAUGUUCAGGUAAACACUAUUGUUGUGAAUGACAAUUGUAAAAACUCUUGACAUUAUAAGAACACUUUGUUUUCAAGCUCGUUGCUGUCAAAUUGCCUUCAGUCUGUUGUUUUGUUUCCUUCUGCCGAUUGUUUCAGGGCAGAAGUGAACUUACCGUCUGCUGUUGUGUCGGUAUCAAGAUAAAAUAAUUUUGUUCUGUUUGCGCUUUAUAAUAAUUCACUUUCCACUCAGUUAUUGUCCCACACUCUUUCUGCACAUGCUCGACACGUUCUGAGCGCGCUCAGUUUGGUCUCCUGCAGACUUGUCGCUGCCUGCCACCCUGACUGGCUGUUAUUUUUGCUCCAUUUGUCAUUUUCUGGAGGACCAGAAAGACUGAGGUGGAACAAUUGCACAUACAGGUGUGUGUGAGGGCGGGACUGACACAAACUGAGAGGAAAGUGAAGAGCAGAUGUGGACAAGAUGUCUGCACAAACUACAGUUUGCACACGCUGUUAAAGAAAAUCAGUUUUAUUAAAGAGAAUUGAUCUUCACCAACAAGA